UUAAUUAGUAUCAGUUGUGCCCGUUUCGAGUCCGCUCCCGGACAUUGAUUACCGCCAUGUUGUUCCGAGCAGUGCUUAUUGUUUCUCUGUGUGUUGCUGUCCAGUCUGAUUAUGUUAUUAAAAAGUAUUGCCGAAAUGUGGUUCCUACCCUGUGCUCAAUCCAUCAGGUGAUGGUGGAGCCAUGCCUCCACGGACCGCAGUUCUGUUCCUUCAUCAGAGGGAAACCUUACGGCAUCAAAGUGGACUUUACACCCAACUUCUCGGCCGAGAACCUACGCCUGGAGAUAUCUGGCGACCACCUGAACUCCGACUCCUAUGACGUAAUCAAGACCACCAAGAGGGUGUGCGACGACCUCCUGGUGUGCCCUCUGGAGGCCUCUGUCCGACACAACUUUGAGCUAAGCCUGUCUAUGGACAUACCAUCGCCGGGCAAAUUCCCAGUGCAAGUCAAAUUGUGGAAUGAAGACGACGAGUCCCAAGCUUGCUGCUUCACUUUCCACGCCAAAGUUAAAUAAGAGCAUUAAGUAACGACAUUCUUAUUUAAAUCUACUUAAAAACUAGUGUGUGUUACAAGCUUUAAGAAUUACAACCGAAGGACUUGUGGAGAGAUUUAUAUCUUAGCGCUAAGAACUUGAAUUUACCUAAUAAAUA